UCGUAUGGUACUCCUUUGUCUUUGAUAGCUGAUGAAAUCAAGUUUUUUAUCAGCAAAUGUUAGCAAGACUUAAGAAGUAUCAUAAUUUUGUUUUGGGUCAUAAACUACAGGCAAAAUCUGUAUUAAGAUAAAUCCCUGUAGCUUUUUUUUUUUUUUUUUUUUUUUUGCUAGUUUAGGCGCUCAAGUUAUGACAGCCCAUUUUUCAAGCAGCCAACACGUCUAUAUUUUCAUAACUAGCUCAAGUUAUGAUUCCUUUUCAAACAGCCCCGUUUUCAAGCAGCCAAUAUGUCCAUGUUUUCAUGCUUCACAUAUUUUCCAUACUUUCCAUAUUUGCAUGGUAUUUUUGUCAUUUUCUUAGGAGAACAUAUGAAAUUUCCAUAAAUUCAAACUUUCCAUGUACAAACUUAAACUUUCCGUAAUUUGGUUCCAACUAGUACAAGGAUUUCUUUGUGUUUGACAUCUAUAAAUAUCCUGCCUUCUCAUGGUGGCUGGGCAUCAAUUUGUAGCAUUGUCAAGUUGGUUCGAACCCAUCGCUCUAUCUGGAACAUCGCAAUCACGAACGGUUUGCGGUGUCAGAAAGAAGACUCAUAGAGCUAUGUCAUAUACGAAAAUCACAAUCAAAUUGCUUAUAUAUUGGCUCAGGUCUUUGGGCGCAUCUGCAUUAUCAUGGUUGUUUGACCUCAAUUUGCAGAAUCAUCGAGUUGGUUCGAACGCAUCUCUUUCAGGUAAUUCUCUUCUUCAAUAUGAAUUUUCGUCACUUUAUUCACAGCUUUGCAUGUCUGUGGUAGAAAAUCCAUAUCUCGAUGUAGGAACGUCGAAAUCAUGAUCCGCUUGAUGUUUCGGAAACUAGACUCGUAGAGCUACAUCAUACACAGAAACCAUGACCAAAUUGCUUAUAUAUUUACUCAGAUAUUGAUCGAGAAUCAGACCUUCAGUUCUGGUUCGCUGGUUCAGUAGUUUUGUGCGUCCUGACGAAAAAUCUUAUAUCUUGACUUAGGAACAUCCCAAUCACGAACGGUUUGCGGCGUCGGAAAGAAGACUCAUAGAGAUACGUCAUAUAUGAAAACCACAAUCAUAUUGUUCUAUAUUGGC